AUGACUGACGAGCCAAUAGUGGAAGAGAACUCAACGGUCUCUGUCUCUAAACAACAGUUCGAAGAGGACAAGAAGGCUGUCUAUAAGCACCCACUCUUCCCACUGUUGGCGCUAUUGUUAGAGAAGUGCGAGACCGCGACCGCAACUCUCAACACACAGGCCAUCAGUUCAACCAAUUCUUCGUUCAACGCAGAGAUCUUAGCAUUCGUUGAACACCAGCAAAGAGAUGGCAAACCAUUCCUCAGCGACGAUCCAGAAGUGGACGCACUUAUGAUUAAAGCCAUACAAGUUCUUAGAAUUCAUUUAUUAGAAUUGGAAAAAGUGUCGGAAUUAUGUAAAGACUUUUGUCAACGAUAUAUCAAUGCAGAUUCUGAUGACUUCCCGCUUACCUCCUCAUCGACCACAGCAUUUGCCUCAAACCCCACACCACAGACAGUGUACCAAAUGGUUCAAACGGCACAGGGAUUGGUCGCACAGCCCAUCCAAAUGAACUCAAGUCAACAAAUUCAAGGCUCGACUCCCACCUCACAAAUCGGCACAAAUAAUAAUAAUAAUAAUACAAACAAUAAAAAUAAUUUUAAUAUAAAUCAUAAGUCACAUCAUAUGAACGAUAGAGACAGUAGUAAUGAUGAAGACAUGAGCGAUGACUUGGGAUCCAAUCACAGCAAUAAUAGCAAAAAGAAGCAGCAAAAGAGAGGUGUUCUUCCAAAACAGGCCACUUCCAUCAUGAGGUCGUGGCUUUUCCAACAUAUUGUGCAUCCGUAUCCGACCGAAGAUGAGAAGCGGACGAUCGCAUCGCAAACGAAUCUCACAUUACUUCAAGUGAACAAUUGGUUUAUAAACGCGCGCCGAAGGAUACUUCAGCCGAUGUUGGAUACGGCAAACUCGUUGGGCGAGACUCAGGGUAUCUCAAGUCAGAGCACAUCGAAGAGCUCAUCCAAGAGUUCGGGCUCUAAAAAUGGUAGUGGUGUGCUUGCGAUGCCUCCCUCUGCCCAACCAUGUAUUGGUUGCGGUCCUAACCAUAACAAGUGCUUCCCUAACACUCCAGACAUCGACAAUAGAUUCUCCCUUUGCUUCACAUCUCAUCCCUCUCUCACUCAC